UCCAUCUUGCGCAAAUCGCCUUUCCACGAAUCGUCGUUUCGGCCCUGCAUGCCACUGCCACUGCCACCAUCUCUGUCAUUGACGCCCCUCACAGGCUCACACCAAAGAUCAUUGUCGACUCAUAGACUAUGUUCUCUUCAAUACCUGAGCUUCGCAGAUAACCACAUCAAACCUGCAGAGUCAUCGCCCAGUUCGCCCAGUUCAGCCAGACCAAGUCACAAAUCCUGCCUGCGCACUCGGCCUUAUUCCAAACCUCGCCUUCCACAAUCUCUUCCCUCUUUCGGGCCCGUAGGUUCCGGGUCGAAUCUCCAUCCAACUGAACAUCACUGCCUCUCCCAGUACCACUGCUUGCUCAGCAACCGCCGUAGUCUCCAGCUCACUCCAUCGCAUGGGACCACUCCUACUACUACCACCUCUUUCUUUCAUCUUCCCUGACCUCUACUUGUCCCUAUUACACUCCAGACCUACCACACCACACCGCCCCGGGACAGCUCCGUUCCAUUCGAACUAAGGGCAUCUCACCUGAUUGCAUGUCGAAUUGUUGAACAACCACCAGCUUCCAGCGCUUCUGCGCACCCACCGUUCACAUCCUCCUUCAACAUGACCGAAUCACAACAACCCCUCUCUCCCAACAUCCCCAGAAGCCCAGAAGACAUCGCUCAUGCAAACCCCGCCCACACCUCGCCGCCUCCAAUCCUCAACUCUCCCCCUCGUCUUCCAUCCUUGACUUCUCAGCGACCUGCCAUGUCAUCAGCGAUCAGCCCAUCUUCUGCUCCGCUGGGCCCUACCAAUGCCGCUCGACGUCCAGGCCCUCCCCCCAGUCGAGCCAGUGGCUUGAAUUCCGAUAUCCAGGCUAAGAUGAAGGCAUUCUCGCUGUCCAGACAAGGCGCUCCCUCCACACAAGCUGGACGUCCGGGUGUUCCGGGUCAGCCAACCCCCCCUGCCGGCGGAUUCCCAGCUGGUUCUCUUGCUGGACCUUCCCCUACCUCUCCCAAUAUUCCUUCAUCGAAUCUGCGAAUGUCUCCUCAGCAGAAUGCGCCCAAUUUCGCCCCAGGGCGUGUACCCAGCAGCCCACAACCCAUGAACCCACGGUUACCCACUGGUGGCCUGGCGGCCAAGCGGGGUAUGAAAGGGGCACUCAAACUUUCAGACGCUCAGAAGCCCGCUCCUACCGGUCAGCAACCCGUCAACCAAGAUACUGGCUCACAAUUCAGCAAGUUCUCGAGCAUUAUCGAUACCCAAAAGGGUACCUUGAACUUCCAGAACAAGGCCGUCAUCCAUGGCAGCGGCAUCGACUUUGCUGGGGGCAGUACAUUCUCAAUAUCGCUAGACGAAGUUGACACCAUUGCCGAGCUCGGCAAAGGCAACUAUGGCACUGUGUUCCAAGUCCGCCAUGCCCGUCCGAAGAUGCGUCGACCUGGUCAAGGUCUUCGAGGAAACAUGCUCCGUCAGGCAUCAACCUCGAGCGCCCAGAGUGAUGACAGCGAGCCUCCAACGCCGACCCCAGGGACUAGUGGUCUCGUCAUGGCCAUGAAAGAAAUUCGCCUCGAGCUUGACGAUACCAAGUUUGCCCAGAUCAUCAUGGAACUCGACAUCUUACAUCGUUGUAUCUCGCCUUUCAUCAUCGACUUCUACGGUGCCUUCUUCCAAGAGGGAUCGGUCUAUAUAUGUAUCGAGUACAUGGAUGGUGGAUCGAUCGACAAACUCUACGGUGACGGCGUUCCCGAAGGCGUCCUCAAGAAGAUUACUCUGUCGACCGUCAUGGGUCUCAAAAGCUUGAAGGAUGACCACAAUAUCAUCCAUCGAGAUGUCAAACCCACCAAUAUCUUGGUGAAUACUCGUGGCCAAGUCAAAAUUUGCGAUUUUGGUGUUAGCGGGAAUCUUGUUGCCUCAAUCGCCAAAACCAACAUUGGUUGCCAGAGCUACAUGGCUCCGGAGCGGAUUUCAGGUGGUGGCAUGGCUCAGGCUGGUGCUGGAGGUGGUUCUUACAGCGUCCAGUCUGACAUUUGGUCACUGGGUCUCACCAUCAUUGAAUGCGCACUCGGCAGAUACCCGUACCCUCCAGAAACGUACGACAAUAUUUUCAGCCAACUGAGCGCUAUCGUUGAUGGUUCCCCGCCUGACCUACCCGCCGACCGCUUUUCCGAGGCCGCGAUCGACUUCGUACGGGGUUGUCUGAAUAAAAUCCCUCGACUCCGCCCAACCUAUGCCAUGCUUCUCCGACAUGCUUGGCUGGCACCCCUGAUGAAGCCUCCCACCAUCUCCGAAGACGAAGAGGCCGAAGCUGCUGCCGAAGCAGGGCUCGAUCCAACUCUAUCCAGUACGGGAGCUCCUUCCACGGCAGACAAAGAAGUGGCCGAUUGGGUCAAAAACGCAAUCGAGAGAAAGAAGGCCGGCAAGAUGGCAGUCAGCAAGAAGCCUGCAUUGCACGAGGCGCCGCUGGAUGCCGUUCCUGGUAGUCCUCUAUUGACGGACGGAGAUGUGCCUACGCCGGCUAAAGGCAACGACGUGACAGAUUUGAAGCCCAAUCCUGGUGUGACGGUGGAUUCGCCAGACCUGAAAGCAGCACGAGUACACAGUCUAGACUUUGCGCCCACACAAUAGACUGUGGGAUGACGAUCAGAUGGGAUUAUGUUGGAUGGGAUCACGACAUAUCACGAGCAAAGCUAACUUGAAGCACCUGAAGAAAAGGUCAUGAUGAUGAGAAACAAGUGUCAUCUUUGGUAGACAGAAACAAACUUAAAGAGCACGAUGAUCGAUGUAUUGAUAACUCAAGAUCCAA